UGUUCCAUUACUAGACCACCUGUGAUUGUAGAGUCAGAAGGUAAUUUUAGCCACUACGUAAUUCAUUCUUGUCUCAACCUUUUGAAGUUCAAGUGCGUAAGGCAUUCUUUUCCAGGAAUGUUAUGGAACCUGAGUGAAUUCCCACAUCCUUCCAAGGUUCAUGAUGGAAUGAGGAGACAGGAAUUUUGACCCAAUCAUGGAGUCCUUAUUUCUCUAACCUGGUUCAGCAUGUUUUUGGAAUGACUGUCCUCAAAUCAAAUUGAUUCAACACAUGUGGCAUUUAUAACAUGCAAGCCACUAUGCUAGGCACUUAGUGACCCAGAACAUAACUAGCUGUAUCUUUUGAUCACAAGAAGUUGAUUUAUAUUUUUAUUUUACUUAUUAUUAUUAUUAUUAUUAUUAUUAUUUAGAGAGAGAGCAGGGGGAGAGGGGCAGAAGGAGAGGGAGAGAAUCUUUUUUAUUGUUAAUGUUAAUCACCAUACAUGACAUUAUUAGUUUUUUUAAAAAUUUUUUUAUUGUUAUGUUAAUCACCAUACAUGACAUUAUUAGUUUUUUAAAAAAUUUUUUUAUUGUUAUGUUAAUCACCAUACAUUACAUCAUUAGUUUUUCAUGUAGUGUUCCAUGAUUCAUUGUUUGUGCAUAACACCCAGUGCUCCAUGCAGAACAUGCCCUUUAAUACCCAUCACCAGGCUAACCCAUCCCCCCACCCCCCUCCCCUCUAGAACCCUCAGUUUGUUUUUAAGAGUCCAUUGUCUCUCGUGGUUCGUCUCCCCUUCCGAUUUCCCUCCUUCAUUCUUUCCCUCCUAUCUUCUUCUUCUUCUUCUUUUUUUUUUUUCUUAACAUAUAUUGCAUUAUUUGUUUCAGAGGUACAGAUCUGUGAUUCAACAGUCUUGCAAAAUUCACAGCGCUCACCAGAGCACAUACCCUCCCCAGUGUCUAUCACCCAGUCAGCCCAUCCCUCCCACCCCCCACCCCCCCACUCCAGCAACCCGGGAGAGAGAGAAUCUUAAGCAGGCAGGCUCCAUGCUCAGUGCAGAGCCCAUUGUGGGGCUCAAUCUCAUGACCCUGAGAUUAUGAUCUGAGCCGAAAUCAAAAGUUGGAUGCUUAACUGACUGAGCCACCCAGGAGCCCCCAAAAAUUGAUUUAAAUUUAAGUGAAAAGUAAUAGAAUCUGAAGAACUAAAUAAGAAUCUACUAUUCAAGGAGCACUUGGCUGGCUCAGUUGGUAGAGCAUGUGACUCUUGAUCUCAGGGUUGUGAGUUCAAGCCCCAUGUUGGGUGUAGAGUUUUCUUUUUUUUUUUUUGAUUUUAUUUAUUCAUUUGAGAGAGAAUGAGAUAGAGAGAGCAUGAGAGGGGGGAGGGUCAGAGGGAGAAGCAGACUCCCUGCCGAGCAGGGAGCCCGAUGUGGGACUCGAUUCUGGGACUCCAGGAUCAUGACCUGAGCCGAAGGCAGUCGCUUAACCAACUGAGCCACCCAGGCGCCUGGGUGUAGAGUUUUCUUAAAAAUAAAAUCUUUUUUGGGGUGCCUGGGUGGCUCAGUCGUUAGGCGUCUGCCUUUGGCUCAGGUCAUGAUCCCGGGGUCCUGGGAUCAAGCCCCAAAUCCAGCUCUCUGCUCGGCGGGAAGCCUGCUUCUCCCUCUCCCAUUCCCCCUGCUUGUGUUCCCUCUCUUGCUGUGUCUCUAUCAAAUAAAUAAAAUCUUAAAGAAAAAAAAAACUUUAAAAAAGUUAGUUUAGGGGUGCCUGAGUGGCUCAGUUGUUAAGCGUCUGCCUUCGGCUCAGGUUAUGAUCCCAGGGUACUGGGAUCGAGCCCCGCAUAGGGCUCCCUGCUCGGCGGCAAGCCUGCUUCUCCCUCUCCCGCUCCCCCUGCUUGUGUUCCCUCUCUCGCUGUGUCUCUCUCUGUCAAAUAAAUAAAAAAAUCUAAAAAAAAAAAAAAAACCUUUAAAAAAAUAAAAAAGGAACCUAGUCUUCACGACAGGAACAGAUAAAGCGUAUGGAAUGCAUCCCUCAAUUCCAUGUCUGGUGUAUCGCCUCUAAUUCAACGUCUUCUGGGGCCAUCUUGAAUUUUGUAUUGUGUCAUUGACUGACCAUCCACCUGAUUGCUCCCCAUCUCUACAACCAACUGCCCCCAUUUCGGGGCUCACCACUCCAGCCCCAUUAGCCAAAGACAGAAAUGGAAGAAAUGGUAGCAUGCACAUUUCCCGCUUCUUCUAGCGCCCUCUGAUUUGAGCUCGACUCCCCUCCCUCUGCACCCACAACAUGGUGGCGGUGGUAGGGGAGGAGGCCUUGUAGGGAGGGUCACUAUACCAUGUGCACCUGAUAUGCACAUGCAGGGCACAUACUGUGUAUGGCUCAGGCAGAGUGACUAGUCGUCCAGGCUUUGCUGGGACAUGCUUCAUCUUUAUCUUCAUUUCCGGUUUGUUCUCUAGUCUUGUUGAGAAAAUCCAGUCUCCCUGGAGGGAGGAGGCCAGGUACCAGAAAAGAAGAGGGCGAACAGGUCAUCUAACAAAGACCGAGGGUCAGCAUAGCAGUGAUCAGGCAUUCGGGGUUAAAAUCCUUUCCCCCAAACUAACAACUUUCCCCCCAAAUUAAUUAAUGUAGUGACCCUGAUUACUUGGGGGAAAAAAGUGUAUGUGUUUAUGUCUCAUACAAACAAAUAAUUUUUAAAAGAUCUUACUAAGCUACUAUAGUCAAACUGCAACGAACCCCUUAUCCUAUCUGAGGUGCUUCGAGCUCUAGCAAUUCAGUGUUCUCAACCUUUUCAAAUUACAACAUGCUUCCAGAAGUUCCCAUAAAAACCCGUGUAAUCCUUUCUUCCAGCUAUACCUCCCAGGCCCUCCUGUCUGCAUCCUGGCCCCAUCUUUUAUUCAGUCAGUUUCAAGCAUGAUUUUUUUUUUUAAGAUUUUAUUUAUAUGUCAGAGAAAGAGAGAACACAAGCAAGGGGAGUGGCAGACAGAGGGAGAGGGAGAAGGAGACUCCCGGCUGAGCAGGGAGCCCUUCGGCUCAGGUCAUGAUCCCAGGAUCCUGGGCUCGAGCCCAACAUCCUCGGGCUCUCUGCUCAGUGGGGAGUCUGCUUCUCCCUCUGACCCUCCCCCCUCUUGUGCUCUCUCUCUCUGAAAUAAAUAAAUAAAAUCUUAAGAAAAAAAAAAAAAAAGAAAUGUAAAUUCUUGGGCUCCCAGCCUAGAUUUAGGGAUCAGAAACUCUGGGGGUCAGGCCUAGCAGUCUGGUUUAUUAAGGCCUUGAGGGGAUUCUGAAGCCCAUGUAAGUUUGAGAACCACGGGCUUACAUCUAUCUCUUCUCCUUAACCUGCUCUGCUCUUCAACUACAAAUAGCAAGCGCCUGCUACUGUUAGUACAAGCAGAAGACUUUUUUGGCCACCCCAGGGGGUCCCCUAUCUCCUCGGGGAUUCAGCUAUUUUAGCGAGGUUUCAAACUUUUCCGUGCUUGUCUUGGUUCUCCCGCUUGUGGAUAAUAAAACAUUUCUGGCCAAUGCCCUUGUUUUCCACCCGCUUCUUGCAAAGUCCAAGGGCAAUUCGGCGCCUGGAAAUUCACAGACUUCUUAGGAACAGAGACUUUGCUCAAUUAACUUUGUAACUCCGCAUGAUGGGGAGGUGAGGAUAAAAUGUGAGAUCCCCCCGCUUUCCCUGAUAUCAGCACUGGUGUAAUUCUUCACACACUAUAAGAUGCCCUUCAGGGCACCUGGGUGGCUCAGUUGGUUAAGCGACUGCCUUCGGCUCAGGUCAUGAUCCUGAAGUUCCGGGAUAGAGUCCUGCAUCGGGCUCCCUGCUCGGCGGGGAGUCUGCUUCUCCCUCUGACCCUCCCCCCUCUCAUGCUCUAUCUCAUUCUCUCUCUCAAAUAAAUAAAUAAAAUCUUUAAAAAAAAAAAUGCCCUUCAAAUGCAUCCAUUCAUUUGACCCUGACACUCACCUGUGAGCUGGGCAGAAGUACGAUCUCCAUUUUACAGAAGGGGAGCAGGCCCGGAGUGGCAAGGGAAUUAUUGAGGGGCAUGUAGCUGGCUGUAACACAGCCUGGUUUCAACCCACACCCUCCUACUCCGGCCCCCCGAGCCCUUUCCUGAUUUCAUGCUGGCUGAGCCAGGCAGGUGGCUGUGGGUGCAAUGUUAGCUAAGGCAGCAGAGCUGGGUGGGGUGAAGCAGCCGUACCCUCUGGGGUUCUCCAAACUGCACGAGAGGAUGGGAAAAGGAAGUAGGGAAGAUGAUUUAAUCAGAGUCAUGAAGAACACAGGGCAGAAAGGACAGCUAGGAGACUGGCAUGAAGCCUCCAGGCUACUGGUAGCCUGGAUAUUUGAGAAAUCCCCAGGUGGACUUCCCAGCCCCAAAGCCUUCCUUUGAGAACUGUUUUCCUCUUCUGGGUCUUAAGUCUGAUGAGACCUAUUUGCCUGCCUGCCUUGUUGGGGACCAGUGGUGCCAGUUCCCCACCUUUGGCUUAUCCCAUCCGGUCACCUUGCAGGUAAGAUGCUGUGUGUGUGUGUGUGUGUGUGUGUAGGGGUAGUGAGUGGAAUGGAGAGGAAGCAGAAGUAAAUUCCAUGCUCACCUACUUUAAUUAACGUAGUCAUAGUACAACACCCUGCAGGGUGGGGAUUAUGUAUCUUUUUUUUUUUUUAAAGAUUUUAUUUAUUUAUUUGACAGAGAGAGAGAUAGCGAGAGACGGAACACAAGCAGGGGGAGUGGGAGAGGGAGAAGCAGGCCUCCCGCAGAGCAGGGAGCCCGAUGUGGGGCUCGAUCCCAGGACCCUGGGAUCAUGACCUGAGCCGAAGGCAGACGCUUAACGACUGAGCCACCCAGGUGCCCCGGGAUUAUGUAUCUUCUACAGAUAAGACAAUGGGGGCUCAGACAGGCUUUGUCGAGGUCACACAGCUAGUCAGGAGCAGUAGUGGGGUCCCAGCCAGUCUCUCUGACUCCCAGGUUUGUGCUCCUCUGUGGGGCCACAGUUGGCCCUCAGCAUGGAAUCAAGACUGAGUUGGGUGCAUAAAACUGCUUUGAUGUAUGUCUGAUUAAUUUGGACUGAUUAAUUUGAACCUUCAAAAACAAGCCACUUUAGGGGCGCCUGGGUGGCUCAGUCAGUUAAGCGUCUGACUCUUGAUUUCGGUUCAGGUCAUGAUCUCGGGGUCGGGAGUUGGAGCCCGGCAUCAGGCUCCGUGCUGGGUGUGGAGCCUGCCGAAGAUUUUCUCUCCCUCUCUCCCUCUGCCUCUCCCCACCCCUCCCCCCUAAACAAAACAAAAAAACACAAGCUACUUUCAGCUUGUAGCAGUUCUAGGGGUAGUACGUCUCCUGCUUACACACCCAAGCCCUCUGUGAAUGGGCACUCUUACUCCUGGCCACCCUCCUCUGCCUGGCUUCCCGGGGAGUUUAGAUGCUAAUCCACUUUCGCCUCUUCUCCAGAUACUAAUCAAGACAGAAGAGGCCGAGCUGUUAGAACUGAUCUCCUUCCCAGCCUAAUUCCUGUCCCCAACCCCGACCCUUGUGGGAGACUGCCUUUACCACCAAGCCGACCAAUGCUUUUACAGAAGAUACGACUUGCUAAUAGGAUUUUGUUGUUCAAAAUGUUUGAAAAGCCCACUGAGCCCCUGGUCUCUUUCUGGGUCAUAAGUGAGAGCAGAAGCCUUCUGUUUGGGAACCUGAGGGAACACGUGCAUCAGACGGUUGGCUUUAAUGUCCCAAGUCAUCACUCCUGAAUGGAUCAUAAGCCACGGCAAGUGGUAUAAAGACUUCACGAAAUAGAAAUGGGAUGACCAGCUCUUUCAGAAUAUACAGCAACUGCCUGCAGCUAAGCAGUGCCCGGUUUAGGAGAUUUACGAAUAUCCUUCAGACCACACAGGGGAAGGAUUUCAUCUACAGCCGGUCCCGGAUCAACCUCAGCAGGAAGGAGGGGAAAAUCGUCAGGUCUUCCUUGAACCAGAUGUUGGAUAAAACCGUAGAACAGAAGAUGAGGGAGAUUCUGUACUGGUUUGGGAGAAGCACCCACCGGACCAAGGCAAAUUACACGCUCUUGCUACUGCAGAUGUGCGACCCCAAGCUGCUGCUCACGGCGGCCAAUGUCAUCCGAGUCCUGUUUCUGAGACAGCAGAACAAUGUUGCAGACUACAACGCGCAGUGUGAGACCUCAGAUGUUUUCUGGGCAGCUAGCACCAAGAACGCAUCCUUCCCUUUGUCCAGAGCUUCAGGAAAAGAAAAGUCGCUUGAAAACAUGGGAGUUGGGGCAUCUAAUAUUGAAGGACCAUGGAAGAGUUCGAUCCAGUGUAUUUCCGAGAUGAAUAGGCUGUUUUCCAGAAAAGCAGACCUGUCGAAGGCAGAAUACACCCCCUCCGAUCUGUUGGUUGAUUUGGAUGUUGUCAAAGACCUGUCUUCCGGGGUUAGCAAAUUCCGGGACUUCAUCCAUUACCUGCCCGUCCACCUCUCCAAGUAUAUUCUAAGUAUGCCGGGCUGUGCUGGGGGGUUUCUCGAGAUGCUGCGCAUCGUGGCUUGGUUGGGAGGUUCCCAGGUCCAUGUCUUUGGUUUGUUUUGUUUUGUUUCAGGUAUGCUGGAUAAAAACAGCCUGAACAGGUGUGCCUCCGUGAGCUGGCACUGGGCCAUGCUGGUGCAGCAGGUGAAGAUGGAUCUGUCGAUGCAUACUUUCAUUCAGGGCCAUAUUACCUUCUUGCAGGGAUCCUACACAAAGGGAAUCGAUCCUCAUUAUGCCAACAGGCUUUUUAUCCCGGUUCCUAAAAUAACUGAUAACGGGAAGCGUAUGCGUGUGAAAAAUCAGAAAUUGAAACUGAGAACAAAGAAUGACUACAACCUGUGGGCCGCAUACCAGAACCAGGAAACUCAGCAGGUCCAGAUGGAGGAGAGAAAUGUCUUCUGUGGGACUUAUAAUAUCCGCAUUCUCUCUGACACGUGGGAUCGAAACAGAGUCAUUCACUAUUCUGGGGGAGAUUUGGUUGCAGUGUCAUCCAACCGGAAGAUCCAGCUUCUAGAUGUCAUACAAGUAAAGGAGUUACCCAUUGCGUUCCGAGGCCAUGCUGGGAGUGUCCGCGCCCUCUUCUUGUGUGAGGAGGAGAACUUUCUACUGAGCGGGAGUUAUGACCUGAGUAUCAGAUCCUGGGAUCUGAAAAGUGGGGCUUGUAUACGAAUCUUCAAUGGCCACCAGGGGACAGUCACUUGCAUGGAUUUAUAUAAGAACAGGCUCGUAUCUGGAGCAAGAGAUUGCCAGGUGAAAGAGUGGGAUAUAGAGACAGGGAAGUGUCUGAAGACAUUUAAACACAAAGACCCCAUCUUGGCCACCAGGAUCAAUGACACCUACAUCGUGAGCAGCUGUGAGCGGGGGUUAGUCAAAGUGUGGCACAUUGUCAUGGCCCAGUUGGUAAAGACUCUCAGUGGCCACGAGGGAGCCGUGAAGUGUCUGUGCUUUGACCAGUGGCAUCUCCUCUCAGGAAGUACUGAUGGCCUGGUCAUGGCCUGGAGCAUGGUGGGAAAGUAUGAGAGGUGCCUCAUGGCCUACAAGCAUCCAAAGGAGGUGCUCCAUGUGGCUCUUGUCUUCCUCCGGGUCAUCAGUGCCUGUGCAGAUGGCAAGAUCCGCAUUUACAAUUUCCUCAAUGGGAACUGUCUGAAGGUGAUGAAAGCCAACGGCAGAGGUGAUCCUGUGCUGUCCUUCUUUACUCAGGGCAACAGGAUGGUGAUCAACACGGAGAGCAAUAUUCUCAUGUUCCAGUUUGAGAAUAUAAAGUGGCAGUACUCCCUGGACCAGGCCAAACAAAAGAAGAAGGAUAAAGAGGAGGACAGGGAAGAAAAUGGCCUCACCGAAAUCCCCUCCAGGUCUAGCAUUCAGGCUUUCAGCCUGAGGGACUCGAUGUCCAGUAAACAAACUGUGGCCCAGGAGUCCCUGUUGAGUAAACCAUACAGGUCCCGAGUUUUCCUGAGGGCUGCCAGGGUACCUACAGAAGUGUUAUUCGAGGGACCUCCAAGUCAAGGAAAGUCAAAAGCACCCCGAAGAGAUGGCAAGAAGAGAGCAAGUCCUGUUUUUAAGGAAGCAAGCAGCAUAGAUGGUGGGCAACAGAGUUUGGAAGCAAAAUCCCUCGCAGGAGAUACAACAAACGAGGACGAGGAGAAAGUACCACCUGGAGACUUGAUCAAGCGCUCAAAGAAAAAGCGUUGGCAAAUCCCUAUGUCGGCCGACCAGUUCCUUCUGACGGUUAAUGCCCUGCAGCAAGCCCAUAAUUCAGGGGAGUUUGCCUAUCCCCGGAGGCCCCAAACCCAAGUCACUGAUGCCUGGGGACCUUCAAUUUCACACCCAAGGAAGGUCCUGAGUUUCAAAGGAAAAUCAAUCCAACAGGCAGUUGAUAGGUUGAGGUGGAGUAACCCUCCCAUUGAUGUGAAGCAAACCAGUAUUCCCUUGGAGAUCCAGAAACUGCAGCCCAACCUGAAGAACUCUUUGCACAGUCCCCGAGUCCAGUCCACCAUACCCCAGCCUGCGAUUAUCCGCCCCAGAUUCGCAGGCGCCCUCAAGGAUGAAGGCCAAGCGACCGGCUCCAUCGACGGGACAGUGCGCUCCUGCAGCCCGUUAACCAGCCUGCAGGUAAUUAAACCGAACCGCAUGCUGGCUCCACCCGUGGACAGGAGAACCAAGUCUGUCAAGAAAGAACGACCUUGCUCCUACACAACACUUGAUCCCUUUAGAAUGAACACCAAGUUCAUGUUGUUGACCGUAAAGGAGGAGAAGGAGUAUGCGGAAGCCAAGAUGAAGGAGUUUCAGGCCAGGAAGCCCAGUGAAGUGGUCAAUCCAGAAAAAGCCAGCAGAGCUGCCUGGAUCAGGAAGAUCAAAGGCCUGCCUAUAGAUCAUUUCAUGAAGCAAGGAAAAACAGCAGCCCCGGAACUUGGGCAAAACGUGUUUAUCUGAACCAGCCUUGGGAAAUGAACGUCUUACAAUAAACAGAGAACCCAAGUGGAUGUUGGUGUUUGGCCUUUUGUUUUGCGUGUUUGUUUGUUUUGAGCUGUCCCUUGGCCAUGUGGGGAGUCUUACUGAUCUUCCUAUAAGCCAAAGAAUUGAUAUGAUCG